UUGUCUAAGUAACUUUCAAUAAUUUAGACCUUCCACAUCGUUGGUGAUGUUCGUCUUAACUUUCGGUGCGAGAUAAGCUGAAUAGCUGAAGCGCCAGUAAACAUGUGGCAACUAAACUAACAAAAUAUAUAACUAAACUAACUAACAGAAAAAGGUUUCACGUUCUUGCCAGUUUUCUUAAGUGAUGUUAUCGGUAAUACAUUCCAGUAUUUGGAGUCAGCCUGAAUAUUAUAACAAGAAUGGUGCUUGAUACAAGUCUGAACAUUAUUCUCGCAUUCACCGUUACUCAAGAUUGUAGUGUUUAGGGUCGAAAAGAGCGUUGAGCCUGUCCAACAUUAUUGUUUGGUGAAUAUUUCAAAACCUCUUUGUCUAUAAACCUUCUAACAGGUACUUGCAUAUACUUCCUCUCCAGAGUCUAGAACAGCUGUUUUGAGAAAAGUUUUUAUUUACUCAGCUUUUUUUAGUUAAGUUCAUAUUAGUUUAGCUAGAAAGUUCGUUACAAUACAAGUUAAAACGAUGCCGUUAAUGAAACAAUUACUAAGAGCCUUGGAAUCACACAAAAGAAGAGAACUAUUUUCAUUAAAUCACUGCAUAAUGCGACACAAUCCCGCUCUCAAAUUAUGGACACCUGAAAAUAUCGCGUCCAGUUCCUAUAUUAACUACACAGCAUUCAAAACUGACGUACGAUAUUUACAUUCUUCCUCGACAAUCAAUAACGCGUCAAAUUUCUGUAUUAAUUGCACAGCAUGCAGAACCGACAUGCGACACUUCUAUGCUCCCCCGACAGUUAUCGCGUCGUGUUCUUAUAAUAAAUACACGGCAGACGUGAGACACUUGCACGUUUCCUCGUCGCUCCUGAUAUCGAAUGACUCAAAGAACCGCAAGCGGGAGCUGCUGCGAGCCACGGGCUCCAAGACCGGCAGCGAGAAGGCGAGGGCGGCAGCGCAGUCCACCGAGAUCUCGCUUAUUGGGACUGAAGGACUGGUAACCGUGAUGACGCUGGUUGAAGCCGAACGUCUUGCCGAGCGUCGCAGUCUGCGUCUCGUGCGACACGCUGACAAGGAACUCGAGGCCAAAGGGCGGCGCCCUGUGUACAAGCUCAUCACCCACAAGGAGUACUUCGAGGUCACCAGCGCAGAGAAGAAGAGAAUGGCUGGGUCCUACAUUAAGGGUGAGAGUCGAAUGGAAUUGUCGUACAAAAUAUCCCAGAAUGACUUGCAGUCCAAGAUCAAAACAAUGAUCCGGAACCUCAACAAGGGCAAGCAAAUCAAAGUCAAUCUUUCCGGCUCCGCAAGUUCGCAGAAGCAGUGCGAUGACGUGAUUGCAGCCAUAGAAGCAGGUGUUGCAGGUGCAGGAGGCAAAGUACUGCAGGUGCAGAAGAAAGGCUGUGAUAGGAAAUUUGUAAUCAACCCACCGCGACCGCCCAGCGGCAAGGCCACAAAAGCCGGAGAUGACGAGAGUGCGGACGACGCGGGCACACCCGACUCGUCCUGAGCGACCAGCCAUGCCCCAACACCGUGAAUGAAUUAGGGGUUACUUCAAUAAUUGCUUUUUAUAGUAAUUGAAUUAUUAUUAUAUAUU